AUGCGUGAUCCACCAAUAUUACCAGUUCUUCAAAUUUCCAAUAUUCCUUUUAAUAAUGAGGCUGAUUUGUCAUUUUACCAAAACAUUGAUUCAUUCAAAGGAUUUGGUAACGAGAAUCAUGAAUCAAUUGUGAAAGCGUCUAAGAAAAAGUAUUUUAAACCAAGUAGUGCUGAAAUUGAUGAAAUUAUUAGGGGAAUAAUUCCAGAAAAUACUCAUAAGGCAACUAUUAAAUGGUUUACGAUCCUAGAAAAUUGGCAUACUGAUGUUGGUUAUAACUAUAGUAUUGAAACUAUUGAAGAUAAAGAGCAGUUAGAAUGUGAAAUGAUUGAAUUUAUUAUAGGGAUCUGUCAAGUUAGAACUCAAAAAGAAUAUGUGCCAUCUUCACUAGUUAAUUGUAUUAACUUAUUAAGCCUCUAUGAAUUUUCUUGGGUUUACGUUCAAUAUGAUGAUAAAAACAGUCUUGAAAGCAACAAUAAAUUGGCUGCAUCAUUCAAAUUAGAGAAUUUUCCCUUAGAAAAAUUUACG